CACUUGUAGACUCUGUGAGUUUGGCUGGGAACUCGUCUAAACUUAAAGCUCGUCGCUUCUCAGCUGUGGAAGCAGAUCUGGUCAACCCCGAGUGGCGUCCCCAGUUGUGCGCACAAAGCCUUGCGAUGCAUUCGUUCUCCGGAACUCAGUGGCUGUUGUUGAUCGUUACCGUUUGCGUGGUAGCCGAGUACUGUGAUAAUGGCACGGGCGAAUGCAAGGAGCUAACUCCCUCCGACUGUCCAGUAAUAUUCUAUAACCAGCACCUGAUUGGAUCGGAAGUCAAGUACUGCGACGAGUUUAACGACAUCGUAUGCUGCCCCAUACCGCUGGAUCAUCAAAAUCUGAAACCAGUUGAACAGACAAGGCCAUAUGAAAAGCAGUGCAAGCAGUACAACGAGGCCCGAGCCGCAUGUCGAUCAACGCCCUUCAUCGUGGGCGGCACAAAGGCGUCUGGUCGGGAGUUCCCCUUCAUGGCUCUGAUCGGCACCCAUCGUUUUAACAAGUCCGAGAUCAGUUGGGACUGCGGUGGGGGUUUGGUGCAUCCCAGAUUCGUACUGACAGCGGCCCAUUGCCUGGAGACGGACGAGACAAAAGACAAACGUUUGGACCCUAACUUCGACUCGCCCAAGUUUGUAGUUCGUCUGGGGGAGCUGGACUACAACAGUACCACCGAUGACGCCCAAAUUCAGGACUUUCGGGUGGUCAACUAUGUGGUCCACCCAGGCUAUGACACUGAGGACGAAGAGCAAGGCUAUAAAAACGACAUUGCUCUGGUGGAACUUGAUCGGGACGCUGUGUUUAAUGACCAUGUGGCGGCAGUGUGUCUGCCUCCCAGCAGCGGAAAUGAGAAUGAACAGGUGACGGCAGCCGGCUGGGGAUUCACCGCGGAGGGGAUGAAGUCUUCUCACCUUCUGAAGGUCAGUCUGCAGCGAUUCACCGACGAGGAGUGCCAGAAACUCCUGCGCUUCAGCAUCGAGACGCGCACCCAGUUCUGUGCAGGUUCGAUGACCAACGAGGCGGACACCUGCAACGGCGACUCCGGCAGUCCCAUCUUCGUGCAGCAUCCGCUCUAUCCGUGCUUAAAGCAGGUGAUCGGAAUCGUCUCUUAUGGACUGGUUUGUGGCUCGCGAGGCUUGCCGAGUGUCUACACCAAAGUACACCUCUUUACGGAUUGGAUCGAAAGCAUUGUGUGGGGAAACUGAUUGUAAAAAUUAUAACAAGUCCUGCUAAAAAUAAAAAUAUUUUAUAAUUAGGCGUAAGGCAUCCAGAAAUCUUAUAUCAAAUAUACAGAAUAAUAAUUUAAAUGGGA